AUGUUGAGAUUUCUUCCUCGCAAGAUCCAUUUCAUUGGUCCUUUAGAUCAGCCCACGCUACAUAGUGCCGCUCAAUUGCGCAAAAUUGCGGAUCUUCAAGUUCUACCUCUACUACUUAUCGGCUUCGCCAGCUACCAACUUGAUCGAACUAAUAUAUCUAGCGCAUUGACUGGCGGACUGGCCAAAGAUAUCAGGGUCGAUCAGAACACAAUCAACCUGGGAAAUCAAUUGAUGUUUCUAGGUGUUAUUGCUCUAGAAAUUCCAUCUAAUGUUGUCCUGCACAAGAUCGGCCCUCGCUGGUGGAUUGGAGGACAAGUGUUCAUAUUCGGUGUCGUUGCAGCUCUUCAAAUCUUCGUUCAGAAUAGAACUGGAUUUCUCUUAAUGAGGAUGAUCCUUGGUCUAACGGAAGCUGGAUACAUCCCAGGAGCCCUGUUCACCUUGUCAACAUGGUACACGAAACAAGAGAUCACUAAGCGCAUUGCCGUAUUUUUCUUCGGGAUGUUUGGGGGUACAGCAGUUUCGCCCUUGCUGGGAGCAGGGCUCUUAAAGCUGGAUGGAAAGGGAGGUCUAUCCGGGUGGCAAUGGAUUUUUCUCGGUAACUUCCCAGUAAACAUAUUGAUAAGUAUUCAGUGA